CGUAGCCAGCGCGCCACAGCAGUUGCCAGCUAAAGGAAUACAAUUUAAUGCGAGCAUUAUUUUUUUGUGGACUUGCUCGGCAUGUUGCUCGCUCAGUUAGAUAUUGGAAUUUGCAUUUGACGCGCCGUGGAGCGGAUGAUCGGAUUUGCGGAAUUCAGUGUAAAGCUAAUAAUUUUUUCGAAUGUGUCAUGUCAACGCACCUUUGAGAGUGCUGAGUGUGGUCCAGCUGCUUGUGGGUUUGCUAUGCAUAGCACCAUGCGCCGCCAUAAUAGAUGCGGAGAGCUGCUGGAAUGACAGUCAGCAAUGCCUUAUACAUGCCACACUACAUCGAGCAGAUGAGCCGCCGCGUUCCACUGGGCUGACAGUGGAAAUCGACUGUCAAACAAAAGUUGAGCUGCCACCGGCUAGCCAGCAUAGUAAUGCUCCUUCAACGCUAUUGCGACGCCUCGAAUAUGCGGAAAGUUUACUGCUCGAUGGCUGUCACACGCCGUUGGGCGUUGAAACGUAUGGCAUGGAAUAUUUACCCAACUGUGACACCGUACCCCAAGUGUUUAUGGAGCGUUUUCACGCGGACACAUUGCAGCCAUUCCAGUGUCCAGGCGCCAACAACAGCGAUAUGCAGGUAGAAAUUCUGCGCUAUCGCAACAAUGAAUUGGCCACCAUAGGCACGCAGACGUUCGCGAAUCUACCGCAAUUACGUGAAUUGCACUUUACGGGCAACGCGCUGCGUCACAUUGCGCCUUCGGCCUUUGAUACGCUGCGCGUCGUGGAACGCAUACACAUCGGGCACGAACCGCUGUUGGCGCUCAAGGACGGUGAUUUGUUCGAGCGCACCGGCGUGGCUGAAUUGCAGUUGGUGCAGUUGAAGCACAUCACCGCCGACCUAUUCGCCCAUCUGCCUGAGACGUUGCGGCAAAUAUACGUCGCACGCACAACCUUCGACGAUGACGCCGUGGUGGUGAGUAACCCACAGCUGCUGCGCAAUAUAUCAAUCAACGGCUGCACCUUGAAAUCGUUCGCGUUGCUCGAGUCCGCCCAAACUACAAGCGUGCGAUAUAUAAAUUUGAGUGGCAAUGCGUUGGUUGACUUUCGUGUGGAUUUUCUCAGCGGCAACAGCAAUACAACCAUUGCGGCGGUGGAAACGCUUGAUUUGAGCGAGAAUGAAUUGGCGCAACUGCCGCUGUCAUGGCUGAGUGGACUCAGAAAACUGCGCCAUUUACUAUUGCGUGGCAAUCAGCUGAAGAUGCUCUCUCUGGCGGAUUUGAUGGCUACUCUGCCGAUAUUGACGUCAUUGGAUUUGCGCGCCAAUCAAUUUCAGAGGUUACACGAUGCGUCAGCUGCAUCUGCGUUGAGUUGGGAGCAAGUGCGCAUAAAAAUCGAUCGGAAUCCGUGGAACUGUGUGUGGCUGCUCGAAUUUUCCCACACGCACCCAGAAAAGUUUCGCGUUUUUCAGUAUGAGAAAUACAUAUCGCAAAUCAAUGUGAAUGGGUUGAAAUGCAUGCCAAAAGAAGUGGUAGUGUUGCCCGAUAAAGUUACCAAGAAUAAUGCGAAACUUGCGAGCGUUACAAACGUGACGUCGCGUGUGGUUGGCAUUCAAGCUCAGGGACAGCUUAGUGGCACGGUCAAUGCUUCUACAUUUAAACUAAUCUAUGGCGGGCCAUGGGAAUACAAACGCAGUCAACGUGCGGAGGCUUUGAUAAUUGUAUUCAUGCUGCCGGUGGGCGUGGCAGCGCUGUUUCUGUUGCUCUACAUGUGGAUCAACUGUCAGAAGGUAUUCCAUUUGUCCUAUUAUCGCUCGUUUAAGUGGCCACAACGCAACAUUGGUGGACGUUUUACCAGCGCCGAGCGUUUCGAUGUAGUGCGUCAGCUACCACCUACACCAACCUGUGCGCUUAAUGGCAACACCAAUAACAAUGAAGGCUAUGAAACACCGCUGAGUGGCGUCGAAUCUGUGUGCAACUGCAACAAUAUUGGCACGGCGACAUAUGCGAAUGAGAAGUGCCGCAAACUACAUCACAUCACUUACGAAGAAUUGCCAUCCGAGCGGCCGUACAAAAUCUAUGAGGAGAUAAUUGGCGAUGAUGCGUCGGACAACGAGACGUAUGCGCAACCUUUUUACGAUCAUUUAUCGUUCACGCAGCCAGCAAAAAUUGAUGUGACUGAAACCGUCUGAAAGUUGAUCCGUACGGAAGUGAUGCAAUCAGAUACCUCACAGAAUUUUACUAAAAGCCAAAGACGUUGAUGGACCAAUUUUCUUCCAAACGUAUUAUUAAAUGUAUGAAUUUUGUAAAAACAUUUCAAUUACGAGCUUACUUAGAUAUUUAUACAAAAUACCCAGGUUCAUUAUUAUUUUUACUACAAUUUGUGAUUUUAUAAUUUGUUAUUUAUUUUUAAAAAUAUUUAAUUUUUAUGCGAACAUUUGAUAUUAUUAAAAAAAAGUGUAAAUAUUGUAAUUAAUCUAGCAUAAGUCAGAAAAAAAUCACUAAAAGUGCCAAUAAUAUAAU